UUAAAUGUGGCUGACAGAAGGUGGGAGAAACUACGAGCAGUUCUAGUGGCUAUGAAGAACCAGCCAUUUGAUGUUGAGACAUGUUUGAAAUCGUCUAGUUCUGAACUCCUGAACAGCCUUCAAGAAAAGAUCACUGCUACCAAUGAGAAGAUUGCUAUUCAGGGAGAACUGUUGUAUUUACAGGAUGCUCUUAAACAAAAGGAGUCAGAACUUCAGAAAGCAGAAGCUGAAAGGGACUCAGCAUUAGCUUAUAUUCGUCAUUUGAAAGUCAACUUGUCAGAUACAGGAAAAGAAACAAUGAAACUUUACCAGCAUGGAAUAGAGACUCUCAAAGCAUCAAGUGUGUCUAAGGAAAAUGUAAUCGACAUAGUGGCAACACUUAUAAAGGAGCUGGAUGAGCAGAAAUCAUAUCUCGAUUGCUUGAUGACCGUAGUUUUGAUGCGAGCUCCGUGGAUGUUAGAUGAAGUUGACAGGAUGGAACUACCAAAGAACCAAGAACUAUCUAGUCCUGGGGAUGAUCUUGAUGAUGAUGAUGACUACCAGUUCGAGGACAGUGACAGUGAAGUGUGGUGUUGA